AACAGAACAAUGUCUUGCAUACACCAAUAUUCGUUGCUUAUCAACAGUUAUAAAAAAGGGUUACCGUCACGUUCAGGACUAAACAACAAAAAUGCUACGCAAUCGUGUGUGCCUCGUCACCGGUGGUGCAAGUGGGCUGGGCUUUAAGUUAGUACAGAGACUCAUUGCAGCGAAUGCGAAGGUGUGCGUGAUGGAUAAGAGCUACACCGACUCACUCUUGCAUUCUCAAGAUGCAGGGGAAGGCCUUCAUCUGUUCGAAGGAGACGUUACAAAGCCGGAGGAUAUCUCAGAGGCCAUAAAAACGGCUGAGGAAUAUUUUAAUUCCCCAUUGCAAGUCAUGGUGAACAACGCCGGCAUUGGAGACGAGUCCGAUGUCGCGCGCACGAUUAACAUAAAUCUUAAGGCUGUCAUCGACGGUACUACACUCGCUGUGCACAAGAUGCAGAUGGAGAAGGUGGCUGGUGUGAUCGUAAACGUAGCUUCUAUGGGGGGAAUCUAUCCCAUGCCGUUCGCACCAGUGUACGCCGCCACCAAGGCUGGCGUAAUUCAAUACUCACGCAGUGUAUAUGAACGUUUAGAGAGCUACAAUCGCGCACAGAAAGGCAAGGAUCAGAUUAUCCGUGUCAACACACUGUGUCCUUCGUUCGCGGAGACACCUUUGCUUACUCACUUAAAAUCAUCAAUUCCAAAUGGAGCCAAGAUUGUGGACGCCUUGGGCCGAGCGCUAACAGCCGACGAGGUGGCGGAUUGCUUUAUGACAUUAAUCGAGGAUGAACAGAAAAAUGGCGCAAUCUUGAGGGUCACAAAUCAUGGUGUGACCUACCAAAACGAAAAAUAUUUUCAAUAAUUUUCAGUUCUUUUUGCUUGACAACAGAAAUGGUUGUUGCUCAUGUAGUUGAUUGUAAAUUUACACUUGAGCUCUGACCCAGACUUUGUCCCAAUGAACUGGGUUGGGGUUGGGUAUGAACGAGGGUAUACUAGUUGAAAACAAGAUUUCGGACGCUGCGGCUCCGCACCGUACUUUGUAGAAUUUAAUAAAAUCUCGUCACAGA